GAGAGCCUCUUCCCUUCAACCUCGAGAGCGGCGCCUGAGUCUUUGUACGUGGUGGGCCCGAUUGGUGCGUCCGGCUCAGGUCCAGAGCCAAGCCCGCCUCCGGCUAGCGAACCCUAUGCAACGCGCGGCGGGGAGAGUGGUUUGGUGCCGCGACCUGACCCAGUGGUUUGGCCGGGGCAUUUGACGAAGCCAUUGAGCCAAGCGCUGCUGAAUGCUUACGAGGAGCAGGGAUUCUGCAUUCUGCGUGCGGUUGUGCCAAAGGAGCAGAUAGAGGCCUCGCGAAAGUUCCUGGACGAAUUCGUAAAAUCAGUCAGUGAGCCGUCGAAAGUGGAUGCAGGGUGCCGGUAUGUGACAGAGGCAGGAUCCUCUGCGCUACGCAGCGUCUUUGCGAUUCAUGAGGACGCCAACAGCCCUGUGGCAGAGCUGGCCACAUCUCCUUUGAUUACGCAGUUCGCGCAGCAGAUACUGGCGGGCGAUGUUUACAUCCAUCAGUCCCGAGUUAAUCUGCAGUCGGCCUUCAAGGGGGCGGGCUUCUCCUGGCAUAGUGACUUCGAAACCUGGCAUGCAGAAGAUGGCAUGCCGCGUCCCCGCAGCGCCUCCGUGGUGGUUUACUUGGAUAAGAACGUCGAGAGCAAUGGUGCUCUGAUGGUUGUCCCUGGCUCACACAAGAGCUUCAUCCGCUGCCCCGGGCGCCAGACUUAUGGCACGCCGGCAGACGAGGACAUCCGAGCAUUGGCUGACAAGCAUGGGAUUCGCCACUGCGUUGGCGAAGCUGGUGAUGUUCUGAUCUUCGAUUCAAACCUCCUGCAUGCAUCGUGUGGCAAUCGAUCGCCCUGGCACAGGAGGAAUCUCUUCGUCGCCUUCAACUCCUGGGAAAAUCGUCUGCAGUCACCAUUCUAUGCUGAGGCCCUAAGACCUGAGCACGUCGCGCACCGCGAUCGGCUGGCACGCUUUGCCGUGGCGGAGGGCGUC